AUGUCUGUUCAGGUGGAAUUCAACGAAGGAAAGUAUAGCCUUGACCAGAUAUACCGGAACCAGCUCGAGGCUUGGGCUAAUGCAAACCCAUCUACAACGGAUAUAUAUGACACACCAAUUCAUUUCGACCAUGCCUUUGUUCUCAAUGGCUUACAUGUAACUACAUCUUGGAUGGAUCCUAACGAAGAGCCUCAUGCCACGGUUAAAAUGACCAACCAUGAGCUCAGGGCACAGAAUACUCAUUAUACUCUGCACUGGCGACGUUCUGGGGAUUCCAAAUACUUACUAUUCACAGUUGAUAAGUUCGGAGAGGUUGAGGAAGAAAGGAAGUCCCGCCUUGCAACGCAGAAAGCCCUUUUCAGACUGGGGCGCAUCAAGAAGGAUCCAAAAGAAGACUAUGAUGAAGCAGCCGCAUUCGCGGAAGCAGCUGUAUAUGUUUUGGCACAAGACGCAAAAAAGUUGAAUCGACCACACACAGAUGCUGCCGGAUUCACCACUCUACCGCCCAACCCGAGGGUCCAACUUGCGACUAUUCGAAAGAAUAUCACGGUGUCCGAAAGGAAUGUACUCCGUGAUCCUCUGCCCCCUGCCCCACGCUCUGACUAA